GUUAGUACUUGUGACCUCCUAAACCGUUAGUACUUGUGACCUGUGUUCUGUUCUCCCUCGUCAAAGGCUACACUUGCCACGUCUUCUGACAGUCAUCUCGCUGCCGACCUUUGGCAGUUGCGGAAAGCGUUGGGCUUCCCAUCUUUGACUGACCAUGCUGUUCUCUACCACCGUGGUCACUUGCUAUGUGCUGAGUGCAUGGCUCUCGGGGACAGUUGCCGCCUCGUAUGACCAAGCUCCCAUGCUCGCAUCGAGCCCACUGUGGGCCAAUUCGGAAGAACUGCGCUUGGUUCAGCUCUUCCCUGGUGAUGAGGAGGCCACCUGGAUGACCGAGAGGGACAAACUGCUGGCGAAAGCCCAAGGACUGGCGUACUUCGACAUCACUCACACCCCAGAAGAUUUCGGCCGCGUUUUCAACAAGACUCGCUUCACGUACUCGCCCCCGAACUCGACGCUCGUGGCUGACAUGCUGCCGCUCCUCUCCACGGACGAGAUGCAGAACAACCUCGAGCACUUCACGACUGCCUUCCCCACGCGGUAUUACAACUCCGACAGCGGGAGGGCGAGCUCGGAAUGGUUGCUGGCCAAGAUACAGAGCUACACGACAACGUUGGGCAGUCACGAGCUGCAGGAACUGAUCUCGAUCACGCCCAUCCAGCAUCCGUGGAAGCAGAACUCGAUCAUCAUCCGCAUCGCGCCUAAAGAUGCUCAAGAGACUGAUCCCAUCACAGUCCUCGGCGCCCACUGUGACAGCAUCAACCACGAGAACCCGUUUUUCCCUGCCCCAGGCGCAGACGAUGACGGUUCCGGCACUAUGACUAUUCUGGAGGCCUUCCGGGGGUUGCUGAAGAGCAACUACAUUCCCUCUUCUCCCGUCGAGUUCCAUUUCUAUUCGGCAGAAGAGGGCGGAGGACUCGGCUCGCUGGCCGUAGUCGCGGCGUAUGAAGCAGCGAAGAAAGAGAUCAAAGGGAUGAUCCAGUUCGAUAUGACUGCGUGGCUUGAAUCGGGAUCGCAAGAGAGGGUCAACGUGCUCUCGAAUGCCGUCGACCCGAAAUUAUCUGAAUUUGUGACCCAGCUCGUGGAUCGUUACCACAUCCACACGAUCCAGGACAGCAUCCAUGUGUCACACGAAUUCUCUUACUCGCACAUGCUUCACUUCUCGAAAUUGGCUCUCGCGUUCGCUGUUGAACUCUCCAGUUGAGGCUUCUCAGCAAUCCAUUUCGGCAAUUCAUUCCAUUGUGAUCUCGUAACAAAAUUGUGUUCGUAAAAAUACAUCGCUGGGUUCCCGGUCUAGGUAGGAGGGAGGUAUCGUUCGAGUUCAAUUGA